GCUCAAACGACAACGUCAACGCCAAACCGUACAAAAGGUAAGGUCCCGCAAAAAGCACAAAAAGAAGAAACUACAGGCACUUUAGGUGUGAUUUUUUACAACACCAACAAAAAAAAAAAUAUCAAAAAGAAAGUGGCGUCACUGCUCUCCACCUAAUAAGGCCUUAAUAGACCUUGCCGAGGCCACACUGACAGCUGGGUCGGCGUCCAUUGGGUGCGCUUCUGGUGGGAUCUUUUGUUUCCAUCCGUCAGCUGAUCGUGCGUCGCCCUUUGCGGUGCAUUGUUGUUUGACCUGCCCGCUUCUGAGUGCGUGUGUAUGUGUGUUGUUGGAUAUACCCACGCGAAGGUGGCGAAGCAAGCGUUCAUCUCCACCGUCGGCAGGAUGGGCAAGCGGCAACUGUUACUCAUGUCGUCCUCGGCGGUGCACGGAUUCGGAUACCUCGAGCAUGCCGAAUCGGACCUGACCAGCUUUUUGAAGCACAACAGCGUGCAGGAGGUGCUGUUCGUGCCGUACGCCCUCACCGACCACGACGGGUACACCGAGCGGGUCGGUAGCGUGCUGCGCAAGCUCGGCUUCGGCUGCACCGGCAUACACACCGCGCCGGAUCCGGUCCGGGCGGUGCAGACCGCCCAGGCGAUCUACAUCGGCGGCGGCAACACGUUCCUGCUGCUCGACACGCUCUACCGGCGGCAGCUGGUGGGACCGAUCCGCGAGCGCGUCCUGCAACACGGCGUACCGUACGUCGGCAGCUCGGCCGGCACGAACGUGGCGACGCGCACCAUCCAGACGACGAACGAUAUGCCGAUCGUGCAGCCGGCCAGCUUCGAGGCGCUCGCGCUCGUCCCGUUCAACAUUAACCCGCACUACCUCGACCCGGAACCGAACGGCACGCACAAGGGCGAGACGCGCCCGGAGCGCAUCAACCAGUUUCACGAGCUGAACGAGGCACCGGUGCUCGGGCUGGCCGAAGGGACCGCCCUGUUCGUGGACGGUGAUCGGGCGACGCUGGUCGGGCCGCAGCCGGCCGUACCCGGCACACCGUACGAUGCGCGCCUGUUCCGCAAGGGCGAGCAGUCGGUGCUGUACAAGGUCGGCAGUGAUUUGAGCUUUUUGCUGCGUGAGUAAGCGAAAGACGGAUGCCGUUUGUGCGGGAAAGAAGCAAUAAAAGGCGCAAAUAAAUCUGAAACGUCCCUUUUACUCUUA